UGUUCAGUCGCUCUUCUCAGACAGUAGCAAACAUUGUUUGGCAGGACAAAUGGACAAUACAAGCUGACAUCCUCUUUUACACAAGAAUGAAGGCUUACUGCUGCAGCUUGCCUCCACACGUCAGAAGCUUUUAAACAAAACGCUGACUGAGUGAAGAUUUAUUCGUCUGAAGAACGAUGAGACUGAUUGCAGCUUUGUCUGAGAAUAUAGUGACAGCCAGCAUGUUACUGAGUGUCAUCUUUCUUCCAGGUGUCUUGGCAGUUUGUAAUAAUGUAAACCCAAGUUUCUCAAUCACCACACCAAACCAGAAUGAGGCACUCAAUGGAUCUUGUCUGCAUGUCCCAUGUAGCUUUAAAGCACUAAGUGGAUUUAAUAUACAUGGAAAUGUUUUUGGAGUGUGGAUUAAAAGUGACAAGAAUAUCUACGAGACCGAACAAGGAGUUAAUAAAUACCCACUAGAAAUUACUGGAGACUUGAAUCAAUACAACUGCACCACCCUGUUUUCUGAUGUAAACACAAAUGUUCAGGGCUUGUACUUCUUAAGACUUUACAACGGUAACCUCAAGGCAACAGCGUGUGCUGAUCCUCUUUCGGUAAACGUCAGAGAUUAUCCUUGGAGUCCCAGCGUCAAUAUCUCUGCUGGUGACCUGAAGGAGCAUCAGUCUGUCACUGUAACCUGCUCAGCUUUCACUCCCUGUCCACAAUCACCUCCUGAACUCACCUGGAAUCUCCAACAAGACUCUCUCAAUCAAACAGAGAAAAACACAGAUGGACCCUUUACAACUAAAAUCCAGGAGACCAUCACUCUGUCAGACACACAUGAUGGAUACAACAUCAGCUGUUCUGCCAGAUAUCCUGUGAUUGGAGGAAACAAGACAGCAGAGACAGAAGUGACUCUCAGUGUUUCAUAUGCUCCUAGAAACACCUCAGCAUCCAUCAGUCCAUCAGGUUUGGUGUCAGCAGGUAGCAGGGUGGAGCUGAGCUGCUCCAGCAGAGCCAAACCUCCACCCAGCUUCACCUGGUUCAGGAACAGCAAAGAUGGAGCCACUAACGUGUCUGUAGGGCAGGUUUACAGCUUCAAUGCCUCUGAGGAAGGAGAGUUUCACUGCGUGGCUUCAAAUGACCUUGGUCAAACCAAUUCAUCUGUGAUCCUCCUUUCGAUUAAAGGGAAUUUAAAGUUUUUAUGUCCACUUCUUGCUUUGAUCGUUUUCCCUGUGCUCAUCUCCCUUCUGAUCUCUGUUUGGUGCUUUAAGUCCAAACGUUCAACUCCACAAAAGACUCAGAGUCAAACUGGUGAAGAGGUUCAUGCUGAAAAAGGAGCCAAUAAACCAGAAGAAGAACUCCAAUAUGUGGAUAUAAACUUCUUUAAGAGGACACCCGAAGCUCCUUCUGACUCAGUGCAGGAAAGCGGACAGCUGGAGACGGUGUACGCACAGGUCAAAGCGCCGGACACAGGAAACAGAAAAUACUCUGUAGAUUGAUGAGAUACACACUUUGGAAAGUGUGUGUCAUGUUACACCUGGCCAUGGUACCAACAAUCAAACAUGGGGGUGGUAGUGUGAGGAUUCGCGGCUGCUAUCUUUCUUUUAAGGAUUUUUUUUUAGCUGUAGUGGCCUUUGUUUUUGAGGGAGGGAGAAAACAUGCAACUACAUUCUAUCAUGUCUUAUACUUAACCAAAAGUCAUGUGUGGUUUGCCCUACAGGCAGAGUGCAGCGUCGUGACAGAAAGAGCAUGAUAAUCCCUCUGAUACGCAUUCGGUAAACGUUUCUCAAUUUUUGAAAGCGGAAAUUCGACAUAAUCCUCCAUUGUUGUGACUCGGACUUAUUUCCACAUUGUACAUCAAAGAGAUCAGCAUUUCCGUGGUAACAGAAUGAUGCGUGCAGCUAACUGGAACUAGCCAGAGCUUUGCUCAUGACAGGCUGCUGCCAAAUCCUGUGUGCAGCGUGGGAGGAGAUUAUUCCCUCCAAUUGUUUUUUUUAACAAAAGGUACUUCCUCAUGUGAAACUGCCGCUGGUAUAGAUCCUGUCUAAGAUCUUAGAUAGAGGAUAAAUGUUGUAAGUAGGUUAUGAAAUUUAAGAGAAAAAGAGGGGAGACGUAGCUGUUGUUUCUAUUAAAGAACUUCAUUGAAGUCAGUUAAUUCAGAUUUAUUUAUUUGUUACUUAUUUUGCAGGUUUCACCAUUUCAGCAUUGUAAAUCUUACAGUAAAUCCUAUUGGCUAGACUUACAGACUGUUUCACCACUGUGUCGUUAUAAUUUUUUCAGGUGUUCAAAUCUCAGAAGGAAUUUUGUUGUUUCCUCACUCAGUAAACCACUGAUUAAAAUUGAAAAUUAUCCAAGUUAAGAUUCUUAUUUUUAUUAAAAUAGAAACACAUUUCCCCCACACUCCAAAAUUCUUAGUUUGUUCAUGUUACUCAGAGGCCUGGAGCUCUGCAGAAGAACAAGUGGGCCAUAAAAAGUAUCUGUAUCUUUAUUAUAUAAGAAAUAUUGGAGAAGGCCCCAUCGCCUCAAACAAACCUAAUAGAAACAAAGAAGGUUUUUACUUGUUGUGUGUCUGCCUCCAUCUGCUGGAUUCUCUCCUUCAUGUCAUAAGUUUAUCAGUUGAUUGCUCUUUGCUCAUCACACAGUGGCUGAUACUGGUUUGUUCUGCAAAAUGAUUUGUGUAAAAGGUUCUUCUUAAAUUUUAGCAGCACCUUUUUAUGUAUUAAAGCUAACAAUCAUUUAAGAUGUAUAAUUUCUUAGUUUCAAGGCUUAAACUUGAGCGUUACCACUAGAGCAUCAUAUUAAAGACAGUACUGUUUUCAUAUUGUAAAUCUGGUAAUCCAUGUUACAUUUCUAUUUCUGUAAUGUAAAUACAUGCUCUCCAAAAACUGUUAGAGUUCUAUGUUCUCAUAAUUAUAUUUUUUUAUGUUUCACCCAUUAUUUAUGUUGAAACAAAGUUCUAGGACAUGGCUGUGUGUUUCUGUAUUUUUUUAAGUUAUUCUCUGUCACUUUCUUGGUAUUUGGAAUACAAAAAAUGUUAAUGAAGUACUCAGGAAUUUUGAUUGUUGCCCCCUUUUGUUUCUUCUCAAGAAAAGAGUUUAAACAAAUUAAAAUUAUGACUUGACAUAAUGUUCUUUACCUGUACCUUUAAAUCUACUCUGAAUUAUCAUCUUUUAUCAAUUUUUCUCCAGAUUAUUUUGUUGGUGACGUUUCACUGCAAACAAUUAAAUUUAGCUCUUUCUUCAUGAACUGUCAGAGGGAAUAUGAGUUCACUUAGAUGGCAGGUAUUCAGUCAAGCCUGAAACCUGGAAAGUUUUAAGACUUAUAGGAGUUUAAAGUGGUACAAGCCUGUUUCGUAAAAGCUUGACGGUUUAGAUAUUAUUUGCAUGCUCCUGUAAGUUUGUCACUUGUCUGUCUGAGAGAAGUGGUCAGAUGUAAAGUCAUGUUGCAGACAAAACGUUGUGAAAAUUUGUGAAAAAGAAGCCAAAAAGGGAAGUUGGUUGUCUGGUUUUGUUAGAUCCUCUUUGUGACGACCACCCUUCAGUUUUCUUGUUUGAAGUCUCUUCAUC